AUGAUCGUCUCUGUACGAAGCACAAAAAGCAAGAGGCCAAUAAGUUCAAUUCGAAGCUUUCUCUGCUCCGUGCGAAUGAAAAACUCGGCGCAGUGAUUCCAUUUCAAAGCAGAAUUUUAUGAACACAUUGUUAUAAAUGAGGGGAAUUCUGUAGUGGCGGACUCAGAAUCAGAAUCUGCAAGCUCUCUUUCCUUGGUUGAUCUAUGUGUUAAUUGCUAUAUUAGGCCCUUAGUUAAAGACCUAGAAUAUAGAGAUAAAUUUUGAUGUUUAUUUAUGAUACGGUUUCUCAAUUAUCUCUAUUUAUAGGUCCUAAAUUCCGUAGGACUAUGAAAGGGUUGUUCGAAAGGUAUAGAAGAUGGAACCCAGUGCAUCCAACUUAUGGGGCAUUUUGGGGGAUGGGCGUGGGCAUAGGUUGUGGCAUUGGUUGGGGUCCUGGUUUUGGCCCUGAAGCCAUCGGCUAUGUUGGAGCUGGUUGUGGCAUUGGAUUUAGUGUUGGAUUCACUCUGGCUGGCCUGGGUGUUGGCUUUCCAGUCAACUUUCUCUUUCAAGUUCCUUAUCGUGCUACUAUGGCAACAAGAGGCGCGGCGUUGAAGUUGGUAGGGUCAAGUAGUCUUCUUUCUAAAAAACAUUUUGCUGGCAAUGACUGGACGGGAAUUGCACCUCCUGUUUCCGAGCUGGAAAGAGAAGCAAGCGAGAGAUUCUCUAACUUUGGGCAACAGCAUUUGUCAGUCAAGGGCGCUGAUUUUUUUGAGAUGAAAAAUAGCCUGCCAUCGCUUGCUACGUCUGCUUGUGAAAGUUGUCGAGCAUUGAAUACUCGGUUGUUCAACUCUCACAGAGGUCUUGAUAGUCAGAGUACUGUGACCGGAACCUCAUCUGCCACUAUGCAGCACACCUUCUGCAAAGAGCCCCCUUCAGCAUCCAAAAAACCAGCUCUGGUUCUUAUCUCACCAUACUGCAUAACUGGCCACAACUACUUCCAGUGGUUAUCAAGCCUGAUGUUGUCUGCUCAUGACAGAGGCAAGGCAAAUGGGCUUACUAGAUCUGCUGCUCUGUCUAGUGUUGAUAAUCCGAAAUAUGCUACCUGGGAGGCUGAAAACAGCUUGGUGCAAUCUUGGUUUACCGAUGCACUGACUAGAGAGAUUGGGAAGAAUUUGUUGCUGUACAAAAUUGCCCAUGAUGUGUGGACAGGAGAAAGGACAUCCUAUUCUUCAGUAAACAAUAAAGCAAUCCUAUUUGACACAGAGUGCUUUCUCCAUGAUUUCAGGCAAGGCAACCUAGAUGUAACCCAAUAUUAUAAUGUACUUGUAAGACAUUGGCAACUACUGGAUCUUUACGAGAUUCAUCAAUGGUACUGUGAAACUGAUGCCCAGCAUUUCAACGCACUCAAAGAAGAAAAGAGAGUGUAUAAAUUCUUGAUUGGCCUCAACCCAAUCUUUGAGAAAAUUAGACAUUACAUCCUGAGUCUGGAUCCGUUACCUACUCUCGAGGAGGUAUUUUUUGAAGUUAAAAAGGAAGAAAGUAGAAAUAAACUCACACCCGGUGCUUGCAGUGCUUAUGAUGUCCCCGAAUCAUCAGCCUUGGUAGCAAAAGAUGCUCAUUCUAAUGACUACAAAUUGAAAAAAUUCUGAAAGUCCAUGACGUGCACAUUGUUACACGAAAGAAGUAUGUAGUGAACUUAAUGGGGGACAAGCAAGCAUGAAGGUCAAAGUGUCAAACCAAGAUUGAUGAAUGUGGAUGCGUGGUGACAUUUGAAGAAAAGCCUUAGCCUUAAUAGAAUUACUCCUGCAAGGAACAGUUUGAGAUGUUGCACAGAUUGACUGGGAGCCAACUCUAGCAAACAUCUAAAAUUGACGUUGGUGCUGUUCUCGGUGCUCAGACACAGGAAAAGAUGAAUAGCUAAGCUAUACAAAACAAUGAGGUAGCUUUCUCCACUCGAGAAUUAUAUCUUGGGACAGCCAUCGAUUUGUACUGACAGGACCAUAAGGUUCUUGUUGAUUCAGUUGUUGGGGUAACUUACCACAUCUCUAUGUCUCCACCCUCUUGGUCAGGCAAAAAAAAAAAAGUCUCCACCCUCUUGUUGUGGGAGAAAUUCGAGCGUAUAUUAUAUUUGUCAAAAGAUGAUUCUCCUUAACAAUCCCCUUAACAGCAGUGGGUAUAUUUCAUAAGAAACUUUGCUGCAAAA